CUAAACUCUUGAACAAGAUCUAGUCUAGAAAGUGAAAGUCAAUUACAUUGCAUCAAACUUUCGUUUUCAGACGUUUUCAAUUCAAACAGUUCAAAGAUAUGCCUAAUGUUGGAUUCAAAUGGAUGCAUUCUACAAUCGUUUGAUGAAAAAAUUGCUGCCAGACUUUGAUGAAAGAGGUGAUAACAAAAAAUAUCGACCUUCAGCUACUGUUAUAAGAUAUCCCAGCAUGCAAGACUAUGUUGAGCGCAGGCUAACUGAGGUUCAUUAUGUGGCCAAAGAUUACAGGUUCUGUGACAAGUUUAUCGGAGUCACCUUGGCUGCUCUUUUUCUAAUUUUUAUGCCAUACUUGCAUAUUGGUGUUUUCUACCUGAAAAUCUGGGUUCCAGAUAAACCACCUAUUGACAAACGAGCUUGCACUUGCUCAUGUUUUGACACUGUCUUUAGAGGUCGUUAUGAAAUGCCUGGGCUAGUGACAUACAAACAUGUUUAUUUCAAUGCCACUGUCAACACCUUCAAGAUAUGGGUUACCACAAUAGUGUUUUUCAUCUUGUUUUAUGAAAGCAUUAAAUACCUAGUGUCUGUGUAUCGGACAUCAAGUUUCAGGAAAAUCUGGCUAUCCUUGUAUAUUAUCAAUCUCUAUCCUCAUUAUUACUCUUGGUGGAGUUUUUUCAGCUACUACAAUGAAGAGUUCUACACAUUUUUUACUCACCACAUGUUUUUCUGUGUGACUGAGAUCUUCACAACUGCUAUAGUGCUUAACCUCUGCAACAAAAACAAUGAGGUGAAAACUUGGAAGCUGAUGGUGAUAUUGGCCAUAAAUCUUGUGCACAUCAUAGUAUCAGGAUCUGAUCAAUUUAUCGCCCAUGUUAUCGAAGGUCGUGGCACAAAUUUCCAGAAUGCUCGCAAUAUUGGGCUCAUGAUACCUGAUGUCUUGCACAUCAUUAUCCCAGCUUUGGAGUUUUAUCGUGUCAUCAGAAGAAGUGAAAAGUAUUUUUCAGAUCUGUGUUUUAAAGAGGAAAUAAUUUUAUUUGUCCUCUUCAUUACCAUUGGUACUCUAUUUGGAAGGAUUUUGUAAAAAAAAAAUUUCUACUUUAAAUUUUUGUAAAAAUUACUUUUUAUAAGCAAUGUUUUAUAGUCUUGUAUCAGUCAGGUAUUGUUUAAAAUUAUUUUUUGCAUGCUUAAAGAAUGCAAUAUAUUUUGUAUGUCAUGGUUGUGUUUAUAACAGCAUUUUUUGUCAACUGUUCCAUUUUUAAAAUAACUUUUUGCUCUCUAGAUUUGCUGGUGCUUAAAGUUCAUUUCACAAAAAAAGAUCUAGAUCUGCAGGGCCUUAAAAUUAGUUUUUCAAAAAAUCUUUAAAUUUUUGUUCAAAGUACAGUUUUUCAACAUUGUUGUGGUUUUAGAAUAAUAGAAUUUUAUUAAAGCAUGUUUAGAAGGUAUGCUGUUAAACUGUGAUAACUUUAUAAUGAGACAUAUAUGAUUUAAAGUUACAACUGCCAUUCUUUUUGACACAAAACGGUUUCCAUUCCAGAUAUAAUUUGGCUUUAGUUAUAAUGUUGAUUUAAAGACCUGCUGCUGUUAACAAUACAUUGUCGAUGGACAAUGGUAUUUAAUCAAAAGCUAUCAUUGUAAAUGUGUUAUUUCUGACAUUGCUGAAUAUUUUGAAUAUAGUUAGAAAUGUAUAUAUUUUUAGUAAGAGAUUUGUUUUUUAUUGUUGAAAGGUUAAUGUUAAACACUGAUUGAUAAUGACUAUACACUUGUUAAUUUGUGAAAUAUUUUAUCCCAGAAUUGAUUUCAGAAUCUAAUUAUUUAUAACUUGAUGAAGCCCAAUGAAGAUAGAUUUAUAUUGAUAGGUUUAAACUAUCAUGUACAUUUUUUAACCAAACAUAAUUUUUUAAAAAUUUGGUUAUGUUGUGAAUAUUUAAGUUUUUUUUCACUAUUUUAUAGACCACUGAAUAGGAAUAUAGGACCAUCUUGUUAAUGUAGAUAUAAUUUAUUUCGCGUGAAAACAGCCCAAUACUGACCAUCACUGUAAACUCCAAGCAGCCUUUAAAAAUAAAAUGAGUAUAAUCACACUCCCAUAAGGCAUGUUCAUUUAACAACCAAAAUAAA